AUGGAGCAUGCUCUGCUGGACAAACGAUCAGACGGGACAGCACAGUGCCUGUCCUCUGACACAGAAGAGGAGGAUCAGAGCCAGACUCUGUCUGUUAAGCCCACAACUCCAGCUCCUGUUCUGUCAGAGUGCAGUGGUGGGGACUUCAUGAAGCGGGCGGUGGCAUUCUUCCGGCGCUCAGGUCACAGCAGCAGUGUCCAAAGCUCUGACUCACACACUUGUCCUCUGGUGAACGGACAUGCCCCGUCCAUUACUGGCCACGCCCACUCUGCUUACAUCAGCAGUUAUAAUGACUCUGAAUUUGAGGAUGCUGAUAUGAAACGACAGCUGCAGAAGUUGAGAGAGAAGCACAUGAAGGAGAUCUCUGAGCUUCAGGUUCAUCAGAGAGGAGAGAUCGAGCAGUUGUACUCUCGAUUAGGUCGACCGAUUCCUCCUGGCAUGGGCUUCUUGCAUGCAGUGCCACCUACAGGUCGCCCUCGCAGAGCCUCCAAACACAAGCUGAAGGGAAGCCGACUGCUCAAUCCCAUGGUGCAACAGCUUAGGAACAACCGAAGCAACAGUUCCACGGAGAUGUGCUCCAGUGUGUCGGGGUCAGUUCUGGGGAACAGCUCUAUGGGUUCCAGCACAGUCACGCUGAGCCUCGAGUCAGAACCACUGGAGCCGGUCCAGACUCAGCAGCCCUGCUCACUCAAGGGCUACAGCCCCACCACACACACACCACCCCGACAAGGGUCUCACAGUACUGGUGCUGCCCAUGUGACUUCAGCAUCCAAUCAGAUCCUGCCUCCCGCAGCCAUACCUGCUGCAUCCUCUCGGCCAAUCACAGCGCUCGUUCAGGCUCAAGCAAACAACAGCAACAACAAAAGCGGUACCUUCACCGAUGACCUACACAAGCUGGUUGAUGAUUGGGCAAAAGAAACUCUUGCCUGUGCCCCUCAGCUCCGCCCCUCUGUGUGUCAGAGUAGACCGCAGAGAUCUCAUCAGUCCUUCCAGACCAACCCCACUCCAAUGGCCAGAGUCCCCAGUCAGGUACUUUAUGCUGUUUCUCCUAUAGAACCUUAA